GUGAUGGUUCCCUUGUCUUUGGUUGGUUUUCUCGUCGUAUUUCAUGACAUCCAAGAAAAAAACGCGUAUUUUAUGAUACAUUUUAAACCGUUUUAAAGAAGGAAGCGUAUAAAGAGCUUCUCUAAGAGGUCCCUUAUCAUCAUGGGAGACAAUAUAGAAGAUACCUUUGAUAAUAGUGACGGGGAAGAAAGAGAAAUAGAAAGACCUCAUACUCCUGAUUACCAUGAUGGACGACAAAAAGACGAAGAGGUUUCGAGUGAAGUGUCUGAUGAAAAACAUAACGAACAACAGGAAGAGGAGAGCAGUAAACAAAGCCCUGUUGAACCCGUAGUUGAUAGUCCGGGUAGUGAAGCAGGGGACGAACUGCCUGAAGAACUAAGUGUACAUGAUUCAAAAGAAGAAGUAGACAAUGAAUCGAUUGAAACUACAGAGAAAGGUAACCUCGAAGUCAGCAAGGAUGAAGAGUGUGAUAAAGAAGAGGAAAAGAGUAAGGACGAUGAAGCUAGUGAAGGGCAAUAUUUUCCCGACGACGAAGAAUUAGAAGAGAAGGAAUCAACAUCAUCAAAUGAAGCCACUUCACAGAAAACAAUACCAGAAGAAUCAACAGAUAAAACGAAAAAAGAUGUGUCUAAGAAUGGCAAUGAAGAGGAGGAAGAAGACUUAGAAAUGCCUUUGUCUCCUAUUGGAGAUUUAGGUUUAUCAGAACCAGAGGCAGCAAUAGUUGAUGAUAUUUUAAAGGGUGAUGUAUCAGAGAUGAUGCCAGGAGACAAAGCUGAAGGUAAACAGGAUGAUGAUGAUGACGUUGUGAAUAAGAGCACAGAGGAUGACAAUGAGGAUCAAUCUGUCAAGGAGGGUGAACAAGAAGCUAAUUCAUCACCAGCUGUAUUCGAUGAUAAUGAUGACGAUGAUGAUGAUGAUGAUGAUAAGAAAGAAGCUAAUUCAGAAGACCUUGAUAUCCAAGAUGAAGAAAGAUCAGAACCAGAAGAAGCUGGAGACCAACUGAUUGCAGAUAUUUUUGGUGCAAGUGAUGAAGAAGAGGAGUUUGAGGGAUUUGACCAAGAAGAUAUUGAACUAUCCAAAGCCAAGCAAGACGUUGAAUCCAAAAGAUCUUCUAAAGCAAUGAUAUCAGAUGAUGAGGAUGAAGGAGUGACAGGAGAAGUGUCUGAUCAAAUGGUUGUCCCUAAACCAAAACAGGACAAGAGUAAAGACGAUGAUUCUGAUGAUGAAGGAUCAAGGCAGAAGACAGAAUGUCAAAUGAAGCAAAGCAAGCAGCCACCAAGAAACUGAAGCUUCUUCCAGUAAUAUUAAAGCACCUUAACAAAGCUGAUUUACAGUUCACAUUUAUAGAUUCAGGGAUUCUUAAUGGAAUUAAGGAUUGGCUGUCACCCUUACCAGAUGGCUCAUUGCCUCAUUUACAAAUAAGAACGGGCCUUCUCAAGAUAUUGUCUGCAUUUCCAGCACUGGACACAGGGGCAUUAAAGAUGAGUGGACUUGGUAAAGCUGUUAUGUAUCUGUACCGACAUCCUAAAGAGAUAAGACAGAAUAAGGACAUGGCAGGCAAGCUCAUCAAUGAAUGGGCUAGGCCUAUAUUCGGAGUAACAUCCAACUUCAAGUCCAUGUCCCGAGAAGAAAGAGAAGAACGAGAUUAUCAAAACAUGUCUAAACGAAGAAGACUCAGUUCUACAGAUGAAGGCAGCAAGACACCUCGUUCUAUUGACCGUGCUCUCCACGGAGACAAAAAAGCUGCUCGUCCUGGUGAGAAGGGCUUUAUCAUGAGAGCGCGCGUCCCUGCGCCAUCCAACAAGGACUACGUCGUUAGACCCAAGACAAACCUGGAUAGCAUGGACUUCAGAAGAAAUUCUCCAAAACUUCUUAGUCGAGUUGAUAAACAAAUGAGAAAGUUCAAGGAUAGAAACAAAACAAAGGAUGCAACUCUCGUCACCAUCAGCAUCGAAGGGCGAAAAAUGGCGCUUUAGCCUGUAGUCAUUUCAUGUAGGAUAUACAGACGAUAGGUAUUAUCGUGAUUGGACGAUUACUGAACGUUUCCGUGUGUUCUGAUUGGUUGAAAGAGAAAGCCAUUUGAGAGUCACACUAUUCAAGCUACUUUCUUUAUUUUCUUCAUGUUCGCUGUUUGUAGACAGACUUUUGACUACAAAUUGUUCUGUUACUGAAAUGUAUAUUGUAAAUAUUUGAAGGCUUACAUUACUGAAUGAUAAAAUAUUAACACUGUAAACUAAGAAAAAAUAUAAGCAAGCCUCGAUGAAUAGUCAUUCUGUUGUAUUUUUUAGUUGUUACCCUCUCUGAAUACAUUGAAACAUUGCUUUGGAGAGCUUGGAGGAGAGAGACUAACGAUCAGUCUACUUUCUCUCUUCGUACCAUACAUAAGUACGCAUUGUAACAACUAAACAUCUCUGUGCCUUCCAGUGAUUCCAAGUACAGACCUGGACCAAUAAAUAAAAAGUUUGAUAUAA